AUGCUUCAGCAGAUCCUGCAUGACAUGUACAUCGACCCCGAGCUCCUCGCUGAGCUCAGCGACGUGCAGAAGCACAUCCUCUUCUACAAAAUGCGCGAGGAGCAACUGAGACGCUGGAGGGAGCGUGAGGCUUGGGAGGCCCUGGCCCAGGUCGAGGGCCUCAGGCCCCCCAAGGUCAAGCGAGGUAGGUGGCUGGGAGCAGCGAGUGACAAGCACAUCCAGUGGCUGCUGGGUGCAGAUGGUGAGGUCUGGGUCUGGAUCAUGGGAGAAGGUCCCGGCGACAAGCCCUAUGAAGAGAUCUCUGAGGAGCUGAUUGCAGAGAGAGCGCGGCUGCAGGCGCAGCAGGAAGCCGAGGAACUCUGGAGACAGAAGGAGGCGGAGAUCACCAAAAAUUUCCGGGAUGCUCUGGCCAAUGAGAAAGCCCGGAUCCUGGCAGAGAAGUGGAAGGUGGAGAUGGAGGACCGCAAGGCUGCCAAAGUCCUGGAGGAGCGCAUCCAUGAGGAGUUCAAGAGGAAAGAGGAAGAGGAGAGGAAGCGAGGAGAGGAGCAGAUUCGCCUCCAGGAAGAGCAGAGGGCGAAGGAGCUGUACUGGACCCUGAAGCAGGCCCAGCUGCAAAGCCACCCCAGCGAGAAGGAGGAACGUGAGUGGGAAGAGCAGUUGCGUCGAUCCAAGGCGGCUGACGAGGAGAGGAGCCGCCGAGCCCAGCGCGCCCGGGAUGAGUACCAGCGUCACUCGCUCCGCGCCAUCCAGAAGGGCACCGUUGCCGGACUCAGCUCCAGGUUCCGAGAGCUCGGCCAGAGCCACGAGCAGGAGGCGAGACUCUACCACCACCUCCCAGGCCCGGGGCCCCUUUCACCCCUGGCUGUGCCUGGCAGGACCUGGGAGCGGCCCCUGCGCCCCGUCUCCAGAGAAGUCAUAGUCCGCUGGUUUAAGGAGGAGCAGCUGCCUCGCCGAGCGGGCUUCGAGAGGAACACCAAAGCCAUCGCCCCCUGGUUCCACGGAGGAAAUUAUCACUGUUUCAGGGGGAGAGUUGCUGCAGGAACCCUGUGGACAGAGAGACAGCCCACCAGACUACCAUCUGUUGUUUGAAUGAUUUUUUUCCCCCUUCUCAAUUGGACUUCAUUGGGCAUCCUGUUUUUGAACUCAAGAACUUCCCAGCUCAAAUCCUUAUGGCCUUCUGGAAGAUCCACUAACACCCAGAGGAACAAGUGGAUUAGUGUAUUUCAACAAAUAUGAAAUAUAUGGCAUAUAUGUUGGUGGUUCCUGACCCAGGACAGAAAUUGCUAAUAGCUGAUGCAGCUCUUUCCUGAAAAAUUUAGAUACAACCUCAGAAAAUAAAGCCAUUUUGUCAGGGCUGCCCUAAACUGAGCUCCUAGAGUACACGGUCAUUUUAAUUAACCAAAUAAUUCCAGUGCCGAACUCUGAAUUUAACCUAUGGUAGACGUUCAAUAAAUGCUUGUUGAAUGAAUGCACUUCUUUUGAAAGUUUUCCAACACUUGUUAGCAAUGAUUUCUA